GUCGCCGCAGUUGCAGCAGUUGCCUCCGCCAAGCCGGACACACGUUCCCCGGGGCCCCAGGCCAGGAGCGGUGCGCCAUGAAGUGUUGAGGAGCCCGCUGGGGGGGGGUGUGUGGUGGCAGAGCCGGGGCAGGUGAGGGGAGCUGCGGCCAGGUAAGGCGGCGGAGCACGCGGGAGGAGCGGCGGCAGCGGGGAGCCCGGCGGGUGCCAAAGUCAACCCAAACCGUUGAAUGUCAGACAGUGGUCAACCUCUGUCAGCAGCAGCCUUGCAGCUCUCCAUCCUCCAUGGGCAGGACCACUAAACAGUUCUCUUCUACAGCCUGUUCUAUGGUCCCAGGUAGUUAGUUCCUGAUUGCCAGCAGAAUGAAUAGAGAAACAGACUUAGAAACUACAAUGGAGGAGGACUCUCAGCCCAAUGAUGAAGUUGUUCCCUACAGUGAUGAUGAAACAGAGGAUGAACUUGAAGAUCGAGAGCCUGCAGUUGAACCAGAGCAAAAUCGUGUCAAUAGAGAAGCAGAGGAAAGUCGAGAGCCAGUCAGAAGAGACUGCACAUGGCAAGUGAAGGCAAAUGAUAGGAGUUUCCAUGAACAGCCCCAGUUUAUGAACACAACCUUCUUUUGUUUAAAAGAGAGUAAAUAUGCGAAUAAUGCAAUUAAAACCUACAAGUACAAUGCAGUUACCUUUUUACCAAUGAACUUAUUUGAGCAGUUCAAGAGGGCUGCCAAUUUCUACUUCCUGAUCCUCCUUAUCUUACAGGCAAUUCCUCAAAUAUCUACCUUGGCAUGGUAUACAACACUUGUGCCUUUACUUCUGGUGCUGGGCAUCACUGCAAUCAAAGAUCUUGUGGAUGAUGUGGCUCGCCAUAAAAUGGAUAAAGAGAUAAACAAUAGGACAUGUGAAGUUAUCAAGGAUGGCAGGUUCAAAAUUGCAAAAUGGAAAGAGGUUCAAGUUGGAGAUGUCAUUCGUCUGAAAAAAAAUGACUUCAUUCCUGCUGACAUUCUCCUCCUGUCCAGCUCAGAGCCUAACAGCCUCUGUUAUGUAGAAACUGCUGAAUUAGAUGGAGAAACAAAUUUGAAGUUCAAAAUGUCGCUUGAAGUAACAGAUCGCUAUCUCCAAAAAGAGAGUGCAUUGGCAGCAUUUGAUGGUUUCAUUGAAUGUGAAGAACCGAAUAACCGACUAGAUAAGUUUACAGGAACACUAUUCUGGAGAAACACAAGUUACUCUUUGGAUGCAGAUAAAAUUUUGCUGCGAGGCUGUGUGAUUAGAAAUACUGAUUUUUGCCAUGGCUUGGUCAUUUUUGCAGGAGCUGACACCAAAAUCAUGAAAAACAGUGGGAAGACCAGGUUUAAAAGGACUAAAAUUGAUGACUUGAUGAACUACAUGGUUUAUACGAUUUUUGUUGUCCUUAUACUCCUUUCUGCUGGUCUAGCUAUUGGACAUGCUUACUGGGAAGCACAGGUUGGUAAUUAUUCUUGGUACCUAUAUGAUGGAGAAGACUAUACGCCUUCAUAUCGUGGAUUCCUUAAUUUCUGGGGCUACAUCAUCAUUCUGAACACCAUGGUACCCAUCUCCCUCUAUGUCAGUGUUGAAAUCAUUCGUCUUGGACAGAGUUAUUUCAUAAACUGGGACCUACAAAUGUAUUAUCCUGAGAAGGACACACCAGCAAAGGCUAGAACAACCACGCUGAAUGAACAGCUUGGGCAGAUUCAUUACGUUUUCUCUGAUAAGACAGGAACAUUAACCCAGAAUAUCAUGACGUUUAAAAAGUGCUGCAUAAACGGGCAAAUAUAUGGGGACCACAGAAAUGCAUCCCAGCAUCACCACAGCAGGACAGAUGAAGUCGAUUUUAGUUGGAAUACGUAUGCAGAUGGAAAGCUUGUGUUUUAUGACCAUUAUCUGAUUGAACAAAUCCAGUCAGGGAAAGAGUCUGAAGUUCGACAGUUCUUCUUUUUGCUUGCAAUUUGUCACACUGUCAUGGUGGAUAGGUCUGAUGGGCAAAUCAACUACCAGGCAGCUUCUCCAGAUGAAGGGGCUCUAGUCACUGCUGCCCGCAACUUUGGUUUUGCCUUCCUUGCAAGGACACAGAACACGAUCACGAUAAGUGAGAUGGGAAUAGAGAGGACAUACAAUGUUCUGGCAAUCUUAGAUUUUAACAGUGAUCGAAAGAGAAUGUCUGUAAUUGUAAGAACACCGGAAGGUCAUGUUAGACUUUAUUGUAAAGGUGCUGACACUGUUAUUUAUGAACGGCUGCAUCCAAUGAAUCCUACCAAACAGGAAACACAGGAUGCCCUGGAUAUCUUUGCAAAUGAGACACUUAGAACAUUGUGCCUUUGCUAUAAAGAAAUUAGUGAAAAAGAGUAUGCAGAAUGGAAUAAAAAAUUCAUGGCUGCCAGUAUUGUCACGACUAAUCGCGAUGAAGCCCUAGAUAGAGUUUAUGAAGAAAUUGAAAAAGAUCUAAUUUUGCUGGGAGCUACAGCUAUUGAAGACAAACUACAAGAUGGUGUCCCAGAAACCAUUUCAAAACUUGCAAAAGCAGACAUUAAGAUCUGGGUGCUUACUGGGGACAAGAAAGAAACAGCUGAAAACAUCGGCUUUGCUUGUGAACUUUUGACAGAGGACACUACAAUCUGCUAUGGUGAAGAUAUUAAUGCUCUUCUACAUACAAGGAGGGAAAACCAGAAGAAUAGAGCUGGGGUUUAUGCAAAAUUCUCUCCUGCUGUGAAUGAACCUUUCUUUCCAACUGGUGGAAACCGGGCUUUAAUCAUCACUGGUUCCUGGUUGAAUGAAAUUCUUCUAGAAAAGAAGACAAAGCGAAGUAAAAUCCUGAAACUGAAAUUCCCCAGGACAGAAGAGGAAAGACGGAUACGUACUCAGAGUAAAAGGAGACUUGAGGCUAACAAAGAACAGCAGCAGAAGAAUUUUGUUGACUUAGCAUGUGAGUGCAGCGCAGUUAUCUGCUGCAGGGUCACUCCCAAGCAGAAGGCCAUGGUGGUGGAACUCGUGAAGAGAUACAAGAAAGCCAUAACACUGGCCAUUGGAGAUGGUGCCAACGAUGUGAAUAUGAUUAAGACUGCCCACAUUGGUGUUGGCAUAAGUGGACAAGAAGGCAUGCAAGCAGUCAUGUCUAGUGAUUACUCUUUUGCUCAGUUCAGAUAUCUGCAAAGACUAUUGUUGGUCCACGGUCGAUGGUCCUACAUCAGGAUGUGCAAGUUUCUCAGAUACUUCUUCUACAAGAACUUUGCAUUCACUUUGGUUCACUUCUGGUAUUCCUUCUUCAAUGGGUACUCAGCACAGACUGCUUAUGAAGACUGGUUCAUCACGCUCUACAAUGUACUAUAUUCAAGCCUCCCUGUGCUGCUGGUUGGCUUGCUGGAUCAGGAUGUGAGUGACAAACUGAGUCUUCGCUUCCCCAGCUUGUAUGUAGUAGGGCAGAGAGACUCAUUGUUUAACUAUAAGAAGUUCUUCAUAAGCUUGUUCCAUGGAGUCUUAACAUCACUGAUCCUCUUCUUCAUACCAUUUGGGGCUUUUCUACAAACCAUGGGGCAAGAUGGGGAGGCACCUUCUGACUACCAAUCCUUUGCUGUUACAAUUGCAUCUGCUCUUACAAUAACAGUCAAUUUUCAGAUUGGCUUAGAUACUUCCUACUGGACUUUUGUGAAUGCUUUUUCCAUUUUUGGGAGCAUUGCUCUUUACUUUGGUGUCAUGUUUGACUUUCACAGUGCAGGAAUCCAUGUUCUCUUCCCAUCUGCUUUCCAAUUCACAGGAACUGCUUCAAAUGCCCUGAGGCAGCCAUACCUUUGGCUGACCAUCAUUUUAACAGUUGCAGUGUGCUUGCUUCCCAUUAUUGCCUUACGUUUCUUAUGUAUGACAAUCUGGCCAUCAGAAAGCGAUAAGAUUCAGAAAAGUCGUAAGAAGUAUAAAGCAGAAGAGCAGUGGAAACGAAGGCAAAAUGUGUUUCGACGGGGAGCGUCAUCUCGUCGCUCUGCUUAUGCUUUCUCCCAUCAGCGGGGAUAUGCUGACCUCAUCUCCUCAGGACGGAGCUUACGCAAAAAACGAUCUCCAUUGGAUGCAAUAAUAGCUGAUGGAACUGCAGAAUAUAGACGAACUGUAGAGAGCUGAUGUAAAUUUUUCCGUGGGAAUAGUUUUACUGAAAUAAUUGCACAAAGAAAAACAUAUAUUAUGCAUAUAUUUUUUUAUGACCAAAUCUCAGGACAUUUUUAAAAACUGAAUUUGACACAGGGAUAUUGAAGAUGAGCAAUUUUUAUAUAUGAAAAACCACUUGGCUGGGACUAUUAAAAAUUAAACAAGCCAAGUAUGGGUAUUUUUUUUUAAAAAUUCCAUUAGUCAAACAUUUAUACUCAUGAAUUUGUUACUCAAAAGGUUUAUUUUCUAGAACCUUAAACUCAUAGUGAUGUGACACUUGAAACAGCAAAUACACUCACACACACACACACACACACACACACACACACACACACACACACACACACACACACACACACACACACACAGAGUGUCAGUAAUAUUCAACCAAAAUGUUCAUUAAGCUCUCUAGGCCACUAUAUUAAUGUGAAUUUUUCACUCAAGAGGAUACCAGCAUAAGAGUAUAAUUAAAAAUUCCUUAUCUGGGAGCUGAGGGUUUCAAAGGCCUCUGUGGAGUUAUAAAUGGGCUACAUGGUUUUAUGCUCUCCUUGCUUUUAAGAUAUUUGGUUUAACAAAUUAGUGCAAUCCAAAACAAGUCCAUUGAACUUGGCACAUCUCCUUUGCUUCUUUUUAGUGCAAGUCUAAUACAGUACAUUAUAAGUUUUAAUCUUCUCAAAGCAUGUCAUUUAGGAAACCUCCUAAAGUCCUACUAUAAAAACCUCCUUUUUUUUUCUAAAAAGAAAAUCUACAUUUUUUGUUUGUAAUACAACUAUGUAAAUGUGGAAAAUAGUGAUAAAUCACCAAGUAUUUUGCAGAGCUUUCUUUUGAGAAGCAAACUUUUGUGCCUGCCUAUAUAUAAUUAUAAAGUAUUUUUAUAAGGGAAAUGAGUAACAGAGACCUCAUUCUUUUUCACUCGGAUGUUUCUAUAGCUGACUUGAGAAAAAGAAAAGGAUGUUAUUAACCACAUUUCGAAGGAUGUCAGUAUGUGUUCAUUUCAAAUUAUCAUUUUAGUUUAAUUAUGGAAAGCAUCCUUUAAAGAGGUAAAAACUCUUUUUGUCCAAAGGCUUUCCUCAUUCUGUCUAGAACAUACACUAGUGUCUUUUGCUAGUGAAUUUAUAAACAUGUUUCACCAAUACUGCCCUAUACCAGUACGCUGCUGCUCGAUGUUAAAAGUGUCUGCCUAUCACGUUAAUUCCUUUUAAGGAGCUUUAAAAUGUAUAUAGUUCUUCCAGGUGCGACAAGAGAAUGUAUAGUUCUUCAUUUUGUGGAAAUAAAUUAAAGAAAGUUUACAACUUUUCCUUUAUCAUGUGAAUAAAAAGGAAUGUAAAAUUCACUUUUUUUUAAACAAAGGUAAACUGAGUGUAUAAUUCUGUCAAUUUCAUAUUUCUCUUCUGUUUUGUGGUAAUUGAAUGUGGGGAAGAUUGGUAAUGCGAAUGUGUCAAAGACUUCUACUGUAGGGUGCAAUAUUAACAAUCUUAUUAUGCAAAUUGCUUUGGAAAAUGAUUUCCUUUUAUCUGUAAAUCUGAGACUUUAUGUGUAAAUAUUUUGUUUAAAGAGUAAUAAAUGCUUUAGUAAUA